AGAGGCAUCGAUCGCGUCGCGCCGCGCCUCGGCACAGCUCCUCCGCUCCUGUCAGGUCCGGAGCACGUGAACAGCCCUGCGAGGAUGCGGCCACCCCUCACGUAAGGCCACACCACGUGUAUUCAUGUCCGGCGAGCACCCAUGUGCGGGCUAAGCUUCAGGACCAGGAAUAGCCCUUCGCAGAAAACCUCCCUCCGAUGGGGCGACAGUUGCCCUCCGAGGCUGAGCAGUAACACCUCGGACUAGUGAGGGGACAGUGUUGUGUGUAGUGAUACUUACUGUACGUGCUGUGGCCUCAUGCUGGCUGAGUGACGGCGCUCCGGACCCUCACAUCUAGUUUUAUUGACAGGAAAGGAGGAAAGCUAAUCAAGCAAGAUGAUCAACAUAGCGGGCGUGAUCUCCAUCAUCCUGUUCUACGUGCUGAUCCUGGCCGUGGGCAUCUGGGCGGGGCGCAAGAAGCCAGCGGGCAAUGACUCGGAGGAGGAGGUCAUGCUGGCAGGACGCUCCAUCGGACUCUUCGUCGGGAUAUUCACUAUGACUGCGACAUGGGUGGGCGGCGGCUACAUCAACGGCACGGCGGAGGCCAUCUACACAUCAGGUCUGGUCUGGUGCCAAGCGCCCUUCGGGUACGCGCUCUCGCUCGUCUUCGGUGGCAUAUUCUUCGCGAACCCGAUGCGCAAGCAGGGCUACGUGACGAUGCUGGACCCGCUGCAGGACUCGUUCGGAGGCCGCAUGGGGGGGCUGCUUUUCCUGCCCGCACUCUGCGGGGAGGUCUUCUGGGCUGCUGGCAUCCUGGCUGCACUGGGAGCAACACUAGCGGUGAUCAUCGACAUGGAUCAGAAGACGUCGGUGAUAUUCUCGGCGUGCGUGGCGGUGUUCUACACGCUGUUCGGCGGCCUCUACUCCGUCGCCUACACCGAUGUCAUACAGCUAUUCUGCAUCUUCAUAGGUCUAUGGAUGUGCAUUCCGUUCGCAUGGGCUAACGAGCACGUGAAGCCGCUCAGCUCUAUGGAGGUGGACUGGAUAGGGCACGUGGAUCCGGAGUACUACUGGUUCUAUGUCGACUAUGGCUUGCUGCUCGUGUUUGGAGGGAUCCCGUGGCAGGUGUACUUCCAACGCGUGCUGAGCAGUAAGACUGCGGGGCGCGCGCAGAUCCUGUCGUACGUGGCUGCCAUCGGCUGCAUCUUCAUGGCCAUCCCGCCCGUGCUCAUCGGAGCCAUCGCCAAGGGCACUGCGUGGAACGAGACGGACUAUCGCGGCGACCUGACGCCUGAAGGCGAGCUGACCUCUGACCAGACCUCCAUGAUCCUCCCGCUGGUGCUGCAGCAUCUCACGCCCGACUUCGUCUCGUUCUUCGGGCUGGGAGCCGUGUCAGCUGCCGUCAUGUCUUCGGCAGACUCCAGUGUGCUCAGUGCUAGCUCUAUGUUUGCCAGGAACGUGUACAAGCUGAUCUUCCGCGCGAACGCGUCGGAGAUGGAGAUCAUCUGGGUGAUGCGCGUGUCCAUCCUCAUCGUGGGCGCGCUCGCCACGCUCAUGGCGCUCACCAUACCCUCCAUCUACGGACUCUGGUCAAUGUGUUCAGACCUGGUGUACGUGAUCCUGUUCCCGCAACUGCUGAUGGUGGUGCACUUCAAGAAGCACUGCAACACGUACGGCUCGCUGGCGGCGUACAUCGUGGCGCUGCUGGUGCGCCUGUCCGGGGGGGAGAAACUCCUCGGCCUGCCGGCGUUGAUACACUACCCGGGGUGGGACGCCGAGAAUGAGGUGCAACUGUUCCCCUUCAGGACCAUGGCGAUGACCAUGUCGCUGUUCACGCUGGCGUUCAUAUCGUGGCUGUCCGUAUUCCUGUUCAACGGCGGCUACCUGAGUCCGGAGUCGGACUACUUCAACUGUGUUGUGAACAUCCCCGAGGAUAUACGUCGUGUUGACGAGCCGUCCGAGGCCGGCGAGCAGAUGUCGGUGCUGGGCGGCGUGCCGGGGCGGCUGUACGGCGCCGCGUCCACGCUGGUGGGGCCGGACGAGAAGUGCGGCCGCAUCAACCCCGCGCUGGAGCCGGAUGACGACGACCUGGACGACCCCAACGACGGGCCCACGCCGCUGUUCGGCAGUUCCAGUGCCCCUCCCCCCGUGCAACCCUUCGGCAAGCAAACGGCUUUCUGAGACGAUAAGUAAACUUUAAGUUCUUUGUCGGUCUUCAAGCCACGCUGCCACAGUGGGCUCGCGACAUAGCGGGAUUAUAUUUUCCGAAAAUUUUACUAUAUUUCUUAUUUUUUCAUUUAAAUAAAUUCGGUAAGAUCGUUACAUCGAAGUGUGGAACAGUUAACUUCAGUAUUUUUCCAAAUAACGACUAGAAUGUUAUGCUCAAGACGAUCGAAACGAAAUACCUACAUCAUCCGUAUCUUCCUAUA